AUGCGCCUUUCGGGGACGUCCGUAGCAACACCCAUUGCUGCCGGCAUUUCUGCUUUAGUGCUUGAAUUUGCGAGACAGGCUUCCUCGGGCCGCUAUCCUGGGCUAAUGGAACUCGUGGCAAGUCCACGGGGCAUGCGACUGCUCUUUAGAUACAUGAGCUCGAGCAGAGACAAUUUCGCCUACGUGGUCCCAUGGAAACUGCUCAGUAUCAAAUCACCACCUGGAGCAAAUGAAGCAAGAAUUUCUAGCAUAUUGCAAGAGGACCUGGACUUCAAUGAUACGAAUCGGGAGGACAUUCAGAUUUCCUCAAACCUGGAACGUGACCGAACUUUGCCUCCACAAUUGGACAGACCGCUAGGCUUUGUUGAGACGACCGAUCCUGCAAGGUAAAUCGCAGAAGACUGGUCGGUAAUAUCAGUUAUAUCCUCUUCAUCA